AUGGCUUCAUUCAUCAGCGACGGUACUCAAAAUAAAGCCAGCGAUGAGGUGUGGAUGCGGGCUCCGGCGUCACAAUGUAUCCCUUGGCUUGUUGUAAUCAGCGUCGAGUCUUUGGUCAUAACCGUCCUUAAUAUCAUCACCAUUAUUGUAUUUGUGAAGCAGCGCCGGCUACAGCGGCGGAGUACAUACUUGAUCAUCCAUCUGGCGGUAGUCGAUCUCUUAGUUGGUGUUUCGGGACCUGCUUGGAUUGCCAGAUUGGGAGGUACCUGGUGUGAUCUGUGGGGUGACAACAGUCCGACUGAUGAAGAAUCAUGGAUGAGAAUACAAAAAGUUUUCGAGUCGAUAUUCUUGUUAGUGUCUCUUUGUAAUCUCUCCGUUAUUUCUUUAGAACGAGUUAACGCCACAUUUUUUCCAUUCAGGCAUCGCUUUGUAAAAAACUGGGUUUAUGGAGUGGUAAUAGCAGUAACUUGGAUUGUACCUUUAGCACUAAGAGCAACACAAAUAGCAAGCCGUAAUUUCAGUCUUAAUUUCGAUUUUAUCGUCAUACUUUCAUACUUUGCAGUUCAACUAUUUGUGAUUUGUCUUUCCUAUCUUUCUAUCUAUAUUAAAGUUCGUUUCAAUCGUCAUCCUCAACAGCAUGGUGCAGCCGGUCUGAGGGAAAGAAAAUUGACGAGUACAUUGUUUCUUGUCACUCUUGGAUCAUUGUUCACUAUUCUGCCCACUAUAAUAAGAUUAAGUAUCAUUGUGUUUGAUUUCCAGUUCUUCACGAGCCUUUCAAGGCGAUCAACUAUGAACUUUCUCCUCAUAACCGUUACUUUCUUGUUUACGAACUCGCUAAUAAAUCCCAUAAUUUAUGCCAUAAGGAUGCCGGAAUUGAGGGAGGGAAUUUUACGUAUAAUAUUCCGCAGGAGUUCAAAGCGCUCAAGUAAAGACAAGGAUGUUUUGCCUCAGCAAAAUCUGUAG